AUGAGUUCCUCGAUGCAUUUCAGCCCGUGUCUCUCAUGGAAAAGAAUCCUGAGCGUCUUUAUCCUGCCAUUGAUCUCAGCAGGCUUUGCUCCUCGGGCAACAUAUAAAGGGAAAAAGAACCUUCCUGUCAAGGAAGCUGGUCCGCAGCCGCAGGAGAGCAGCAGGUUUAACUGGUCACAUCUGACCCCUCUGGAGCUGAAGGACCGCGCGGUGGGACUUCAGACGCAAAGCACCCCUGAGAGCAGCCCGCACUUCACUCUGGAGGGGCACAAGUUCCUGAUCUUCGGGGGCUCCAUCCACUACUUCCGGGUGCCCCGCGGGUACUGGCGGGACCGCCUCCUGAAGCUGCAGGCCUGCGGCUUCAACACUGUCACCACCUAUGUCCCCUGGAACCUCCACGAGCCCCAGAGAGGCACAUUUGACUUCUCCGGGAACCUGGAUCUGGAGGCCUUUGUCUGGCUGGCCUCGGAGGUGGGGCUGUGGGUGAUCCUGCGUCCAGGCCCCUACAUCUGCAGCGAGAUCGACCUCGGCGGCCUGCCCAGCUGGUUACUGCAGGACCCGGAGCUGAGGCUGAGGACAGCUGACCAGGGCUUUGUCCAAGCGGUUGAUCGAUACUUUGAUCAUCUGAUUGCCAGAGUGCUUCCUCUCCAGUACCGCCAGGGAGGCCCAGUCAUCGCGGUGCAGGUGGAGAACGAGUACGGUGCGUUCGCCAAGGACUGGACGUACAUGCCGUACCUUCACCAGGCCCUGCUGAGCAGAGGGAUUGUGGAGCUGCUCUUGACCUCAGAUGCAGAGAAAGACGUGCUCCAAGGCAGCAUAAAAGGAGUGUUGGCCACCAUCAAUAUAAACUCAUUUCGGAAGGAUACUUUCAUGCACCUUGAGACAGUGCAGAUAGAUAAGCCCAUUAUGAUUAUGGAAUACUGGGUCGGCUGGUUUGACACGUGGGGAGGUAAACACAAGGUUAAAAACGCGGACGCUGUCGUAAAAAGCGUGUCUGAAUUUAUCAAAUCGGAGAUCUCCUUCAACACGUAUAUGUUCCACGGCGGGACCAACUUCGGGUUCAUCAACGGGGCCACGGACUUUGGGGAGUACAGCAGCGUCGUCACCAGCUAUGACUAUGAUGCUGUGCUGACGGAGGCCGGCGACUAUACGGAGAAAUAUUUCAAGCUUCGGAAACUCCUUGGAUCCGUCUUAGCAUCUCCCCUGCCCGCCUUACCUGCACUCAUUCCCAAGGCUGUGUAUCCUCCUGUGAGGCCCUGCCUGUACUUGCCGCUGUGGGAUGCCCUACAGCACUUAAACGAGCCGGUCAUAUCCAGCGCACCGGUCAACAUGGAGAGUCUCCCCAUCAACUCUGGAAACGGCCAGUCCUACGGGUUCGUGCUUUAUGAGACGCGCAUCUGCUCCGGAGGCUGGCUCCGUGCAGAUGUUCGAGACACGGCACAGGUGUUUUUGAAUGAAAUACGCAUAGGGUCUCUGGAUGAUGGUCACGAGACCUUGAACAUCCCUGCAGUCAGGGAGUGCCAGCUCCUGAGGAUCCUGGUGGAGAACCAAGGACGAGUCAACUAUUCGUGGAAAAUUCAAGACCAGCAGAAAGGAGUAACUGGCCCCGUGACCAUCAAUGGCACCCUCCUGAAGGGGUUCACUAUCUAUUCUCUGGAAAUGAAGACGAGCUUCUUUGAGAGGCUCCGCUCUGCCGCCUGGAGGCCUGUCUCCAACAGCUCCCUGGGCCCCGCCUUCUACCUGGGCACCCUGCAGGCUGGCCCUUCUCCCAGGGACACCUUCCUGAGGCUGCCGGACUGGAGUUAUGGAUUUGUGUUCAUCAAUGGCCGUAACCUUGGGCGAUAUUGGAAUAUCGGACCACAGCAGACACUGUAUCUUCCUGGUGCCUGGCUGCACCCAGAAGACAAUGAGAUCAUUGUGUUUGAAAGAAGCAAGAGUGGUUCGUCCAUCCAAACUACAGAUACACCCAAACUUAAGAUGGUGCCGUAA